GAAGGUUGGUGCAUUUAAACCCGAAAAAGCCGGUGAAUCAGAGUACUAAAAGCCCAAAAUAUUAAGCACCACCGCAGACCAGCCAUUUGACAGCUAACUACAAGCAACCCAAGCAGCCAAGAAUGACCCAAUAGCCUCUUCACAUGAUCCAAUAACACAACUCUUCAAUUAUUGAUAUUAAUUCUUUUUUCAAAAAAGUAUAAAUAAGAAUUUCAAGAAAGUUCCUUUGAUAGAGGCAGAGGAAUUAACAGCUGAAUCUACCCUUCUAUUUACCAUACAGCUUAACAACUUCAAACAUUUUUUUCUUCCAAAGGUUGGAAUCUUUGUAUUCGGGAAACACUUGGACUACAAGAUAAAGCUGACUCAGCAAUUUUUUUUUCCUGACCAGACAGGAGCUAUGUUUGAGUUUUAGCAGUGUUAUUGAAUUCUAAUCUUAAUUUGGUCGCUGAUGUGGCCUUUGUAUUGUCUGCUAAGCAAGAUUUUUAAUGUGGAAGAAGCAGAAAAAAACUUAAAUGGUUCAGAUGAAAAUCAUGUCAAAGCUGGAGAAUGUCACCUAAUUGAGCCAUCAUCGAGUGGCAGAAAAUUCCAAGAUGCUGUGCCAUGCUGUUCACGUUUUGUUGAAGUUCCACACAUAAGCCAGAUGCAUUCUUGGGAUUGUGGUCUUGCUUGUGUUCUAAUGGUGUUGAAUACUAUUGGCAUCAACAAUUGCAGCAUUCAGGCAUUGGCAGAAUUAUGCUGCACAACUAGCAUUUGGACUGUUGAUCUGGCAUAUUUAUUGCAGAAGUUUUCUGUUAGGUUUUCCUACUUCACAGUAACAAUUGGAGCUAAUCCAAAUUAUUCUGCUGAGACAUUUUACAAGGAGCAACUGCCUACGGAUCUAGUGAGAGUGGACAUGCUCUUUCAAAAAGCUCGGGAGGAAGGAAUUAAUAUACAGUGCAGGUCGAUUGACGAAAAAGAAAUUUCUCGAUUGAUUUUGUCGGGGAAAUUUAUUGUGAUUGCUUUGGUUGACCAGUACAAAUUGAGCCGGACUUGGGUGAAUGAUGUUAUUUUAUCAAGCUUGAAUGACAGCAACUCAAGCUACACUGGUCAUUAUGUCGUAAUAUGCGGUUAUGAUGCUGGUGCAGAUGAAUUUGAGAUUCGAGAUCCUGCCAGUUCUAGGAAAAGUAUGAGGAUAUCAUCGAAAUGUCUAGAAGAAGCACGCAAAUCCUUUGGUACUGAUGAAGAUCUUCUCCUGAUAUCUCUGGAGAAGAGAUGAACAGAACAGCUUCUUAGUGCAGCUUUCUCCGUAUGACAAUGUUUCUCUCUAACACUAUACCACAAUCUAGCAAAGCUGGUUAGCUGCGUGAUUCUUUUGCAUACUUCAUUAUAAUUGUGCAGAAUAUGUGUGUUAAGGUAUUGACAGUCUGGUUUCAAUGGCACGUAUUUGCUAGUAAAUAGUUUUCUAAGCAUGUACAUUUUGUAUAUUAUGAAUAUUAUGUAACAAAGUUCAAAUUUAUUAAUGUCAAAUCAUCAUAUUGUGGUUUGCUCUAUUA